AUGGCAUCCAGGUUUCCUUCCAAUCUAACAGAACGUAAUAAAUGGUUAAAUAAUGUGGAACUAAAAAGACCCUUUUUUGAAAAAGCAAAGAUUUGUAACCUCCAUUUCAAAUCAACCAAUUACAUGAUUAAAUGGAAACGACUGAGACAAGGAGUCACACCAUUUUUAAAUGAAAUAGCAGAUUGUUCUCUGGUACAGGUCGCGGACAAAAGCACUUCUCCCAUACAAAUCUACUGCGCUGAUAAAAGUGUGCAAGCAAGGAUUAAAUCAUCACGAGAAGAAGAGCUAAUGAUAAGAAACAAAUCAUUGGUUCAAAAAAGAACAGUAAGAUAG